AUGAUAGAGGACUUGCAUUCUGCCAUUGUUCGCGUGCGAAUCGCUUCACUUCAGUCAGAAGUCCUUAGUAAAACCUCUAGCCGAGAGGUUGUUCGUCGCCGAAGCAGCAGCAAAGUGAAGCCGAUUCACGUAGCCAAGGGCCGAUUGCCACUGUUCACGAAGCAGAGAACUGUUCGCGUUGUUUCCUGA